ACACAAUCCUUUCCUAUUCUUUCCUUCUUUCCUUUUUCAAUGAACAAAUGAGAUUUGCUCUAAUCCGUCCGCCGGUUCGGACUCAUAUUGGAUCACAAUGCAUUGCAUUGGGGGUUACACUCAACCUUCUUCACUCUCCUUUGCGCCUCUCAUAAAAAUAUAAAAAGCCCUCGCCCAAACACUCUUUACUCACCAGAGUCUCAUUGAAUCUCUCUCUUCCUCCUUUUUUUCCUGCUCCCCCUGCCGUUCUUGUUCCAUACCCGGCACACUGCCUGCGCAAGAGCACCACCACACAAUCUCUGCUUGUCUCUCUUAUUGAACCAUUCAUUUAUAGUCGUUGCAAGAGAGUUCAGCAAUCAUGGAGAACACCACUACUAAAGAAGGCAACGUCGCUGUUGACGUCCAAGAUAGUCAUGAGGAGAAUACCAAGACGACUACAUACUCGAACAUCCUGGAUCGCGAUAACAUGACUGCCAAAGAAUUCCGUUGGCUCUGGGCAGGCAUCCUCAUCCAGGCAUUUACCUUCUCAUUCGAGCUCUGUGUCAUUCAGGGUAUUAUAGGCCCUGUUACUGCAUACUUCAAGUCCACCUCUAUUGCCAGUGUUUUGCCCACGAUCCUUCAGAUUCUUGCAGCCGCUUUAGUUCCUUUUUAUACCAAAGUCUCAGACGUGUUUGGUCGUGCUGGAUCGAUGACCUAUGCUAUUAUUGCCUAUCUUGUCGGACUGAUUGUUGAGGGCACUGCUAAUACAUUUGUUCAGUUUUCGAUUGGUCAAAUCUUUUACGGCAUGGGGCUUACUGGUAUCCAGACACUGACUCAAGUCUUGAUUGCUGAUACAACUCUUUUGAUCGAUCGUGGCCUUAUGUUUGCUCUCUGGGACAUCGGCUCCGUUAUUAACAUCUGGGUAGCUCAAGUACUGAUUGAUCCAUUAACAAUUGGUGGACGUGAAGACAAGUGGCGUCUCGGCUACAUACUUAUGGCUUGCUUCUGCGUUGUCGGAGCGAUCUCGUUGUUGUCGCCUCUUUGGUAUGUUCAGACCAGAUCUUCGCGUCGGAGGCCUGCUAAGCAGGAGCGUAAGACUAUUAAGUGGCUGUUGCACGAAUUUGAUGCUGUAGGCGCAGUUUUGAUCACUCUUGGUUUGAGCUUGACUUUGCUCCCUUUGAUCUUGGCGAAGUCUUAUGAGGGCAACUGGAGAAACGGCAAGAUUUUGGCCAUGUUCUUCUCUGGUAUUAUCUCCUUCGUCCUACUAGCCGUCUGGGAAGCCAAGUUCACCAAUAGACCUAUUAUGUCCAUGAAGAUCUGGACCAAUCGCACUGCGCUCGGCGGUCUUAUGAUCGUCUUUUUGCUGAAGAUCUUGGGUUACAUUACCUAUAUGUACCUAACUUUGUAUCUGGUUGUCUCCCGUGAUAUCACCUAUGGUCAAGCAUUCAUGCUUGAACGCGGUUUCCAAAUGGCAUGGAUGGUUUUCCAGCUGUUGGCUGGCUAUUUGAUGAAGCGUUACAACGUCACUCGUCCACUCGCCUGGGUUGGCAUCAUUGUAUACCUCAUUGGUGUCGGCCUCAUCAUCCCCGCACGUUCUCCAACGGCCUCAGAUUUUUUCGUCGUCAUCUCUCAGACGAUUGCGGGCGCUGGCGGUGGCAUGGCCCACAUUGCCGGUACAGUUAUUGUCACAGGCGUUGUCCAUAAGAACGAUAUCGCGACUGUCGUUGGUGCCACACAGAUCUUGAUCGCCUUUGGCUCUGCGCUGGGUAAUGCCUUGGCCGGUGGUGUCUGGACACAGUACCUGCCCGGUCGUCUGGAACAUCAUAUCACCGGCCCCUAUGAUGAGCGCCUAGCUAUGAACGACCCUCUCAAAUAUAUCCGCAACCUGGAGCCCGUCACGAAAGGUCAAUUGAUCGAGGCUUAUGGCGACGCUCAGAAGUUAAUGUCAAUUCUCGCCUGCUGUACUGCAGUCAUUGCCCUUUUCUUUGCUGCCAUGUUGAAGCCCGUCGAUUUGCGUCAGAGCCAGGAGACUCAGGACCGUAUUGCCUUAGGUGAAGAGGCCCCUGAGCGAGAAGUAACGGAGGAGAAGAACUAAAAAAAAAAAAAAGUUAACCUCAAAAACAAUGCAAGGUCCGCUGAAAAGAUAUUAGAGGAACCACUCUUACUCACUAUGUCCUCCAAGUUCAUGAGCUAUCGUCAUAUUUUCUAUCAAUGUAUAUUUUAUAACUGUCCAUAACCACUUAUUUGCUGUCUAAUCUAACCUCCCAUGUAUCCUAUCGUUCCGUAUCGCAUCAUAUCCAAUAUAGUAUAUCUGGACUCCAUCCAUAUAUUCACUCAUGAGAUGCUGGUCCCUUAAUCCUCUCAAUCUUACAUUGCAAUAAAAAAUGCAACAAAUUGAAUAGAUUUCCC